GCAGAGUUAAGUCGUCUCCAUACAGAGAGAGAGAGAAGGGUUCAAGCAGAGUAAGUCAUCUCCAUACAGAGAGAGGGAAGGGUUCAAGCAGAGGUAAGUCAUCUCCAUACAAAGAGAGGGAAGCAUUCAGGCAGAGUUAAGUGGUCUUCAUACAGAGAGAGUGAAGUGCAGGGAAGAAGAGAGUGAGAGAGAAUGAUACGAAGACUGUAUGAAGCUUCAUUGAGUGGAAGUCUCACAUCUCUGAUUGAACUCAUUGAGGAAGACCAGCUUAUUCCCGAUAGAGUUAUGGUCACUUACUUCAAUAAGACUCCACUCCACAUAGCAGCAAUGCUAGGCCACGUUGAGUUUACGAAAGAGCUUUUGAGACGCAAACCAGAACUUGCAACUGAGGACUCAAGAAGCUCUUCACCCCUUCACUUGACUUCAGCAAAAGGGCACCGUGAAAUGGUGAAAGACUUGUUGAGUGUCAACCCAAAUGUUUGUAGUGUUACUGACCAUGAUGGGAGAACUCCUCUUCAUCUUGCAGCGAUCAAAGGCCGUAUUGAUGUCAUGAUAGAGUUGAUUCAGACACUAGCUGAGGUCAUCCAUAUGAGGGUUGAUAGGGGAGAAAGCAUUCUGAACUUGUGUUUGAAGUACAACCACUUGGAGGCACUUGAACUAAUAUUGGAAUCAGCAAGUGACCAAGAAGAGCUCCUUAAGUCUAAAGAUGAUGAUGGCAACACUGUUUUGCAUCUUGCUGCUGCCAAAAAACCAAAGGUAAGAGUAAAUAUAAGCAUGAGUUAUCCCACCACACACAAACACUUAAGAUUUUAGCUAAUUUACACUUUUAGUAUUUUUCUUUAGCACACUGAAAUCCUUCAUAUGGGGGUGUGUGUGUAGGACAUUUUAAUGGGGUAUGUACAUAGUAGGGGUGUCAAUUUUAAUUAGGCCCACAACGGCAGGCCCAAGCAAGAAAACUUGAGACUGGCCUGUAAGAUUUCCUAUUAGGUGGGCUAGCAUAGUCAAAGAUUUGUUUCCAAAACCGGUUUAGUGGUGUUGACUAAAGAUGGAGUAAGCAGAAAGAAUCCA